AUGAACAAUUAUCCUUCUCAAAAACUCUCCUCUACGUAUGCAUAUCCAGUUAGCCGUCAAUAUUCUCUACCACCUAAUUAUUAUUCUUAUACUGAAUAUCCGCCAUCAUCGUCAUUGUUAUCGCCAAUGUCAUAUAUUUCACUUGCGCACGAUCGAUAUUCUUCAUCAUUUAAAUAUUACAACGACGAUAAUACUUAUUUGCCUGAGUAUCAUCGUUCGUCUCGUCAUGCUCGCCCCUCUGAUCAUUGGCAAUAUGCUAAUAAUCAAACUUUGAAUAGAGCGCGUAAUAUUUCAAGUCAAUCACAACAUGAACAAGCUUCAGUAUCAAAUGAAGAUGCAUUUAGUUCAUCAAUCGGACAGCAAGAAAAUGCUGAUUAUUCAGCAAGAAUUAAUACUAUGAUUGAAAAUGCAAUUCAUGAACCAAAUAUUCUCAGACGUGAUAUUAAACCAGCAUUCAACAGUCCAUACAAACCAUUGAAUUCAGUAGAGUUUCUAACUAAAACACAGUCAGAAAUUCGGCAAGAAUUUCGUAAAUUGUCAAAUCCAUCUGCUAAAGAUACGCAUGCAGCAAAAGACGAAAGAAAUCUUGACAAAUCUCGUUAUCGGGAUGUUUUACCAGGUGAAGCAACUCGUGUUAAACUUCAACCUGAUGAUGAUGGCGAUAGAAAUGAUUUUAUUAAUGCUAACUAUGUUAGUGGAUAUCAUGAUCAAGAAAAAGCCUAUAUUUUUACUCAAGGGCCCCUUCAAACGACAUUGAAAGAUUUUUGGCGUAUGAUUUGGCAAGAAAAUAUAUCUAUUGUUGUUAUGACAACAAAUGUUCGUGAAUCCGGUACAGUGAAAUGUUAUCCAUACUGGCCAGACCAAACUAAAGAUGUCAUCAAUGCUGGCUUGUAUCAAGUUCAAAAUGAAAAAUCAGACAAAUAUGACAGUUUUGUAAUAACAACAUUAGUAUUAAGAAAAAAGAAUCAUCCCAAUGAGCGAAUUAUUUAUCAUGCACAUUAUCGUAAAUGGCCUGAUCAUGGUAUACCAUCAAAUACAAAAGAUGCUUUAUUAUUUCUUGACAAGGUUGAAGAUUAUCGACAAAUAACAGCAACCAAAGCACCAAUACUUCUGCAUUGUUCAGCGGGCAUUGGACGUACAGGAACAUUUUGCGCAAUAGAUAUUGAAAUAAAAAGAUAUUUAGAAAAGAAGAUUAUCGAUAUUCCAUCAACAGUAUAUAAAAUGAGAACAGAACGUGCUGGAAGUGUACAAACAGAAGACCAAUAUUUAUUUGCUUAUUUAGCUUUGAUGGAUUACAUUAAACAAUACCAAGCAGCACAAGAAAGAAUUACUGGAUCAAUUAAAUCGUCUGACACCGAGUUAAUUGAUCAAACCGGUCGAACAAAAUUAAAAGAUGAUAUUGGUUCAAAUGAACUCGAUGAUCAUAAACAGAAAAUAACGCGUUCAAAAAACAAUAGAAAAAAGUUUAAUGAUUUGGAACAAAUCAACACUCUGCCGACAACGAGUUCUGAUAGAACUACCAAUUUACGCGAAUCUACAUCGUACCGAGGUAAAACAUUAAGUGAUUCAUGUGUCGCAGCAGUUCAAUAUUUCACACCAACGGCAGCAGUCAUGCAAAAUGAAUCUAGCCGACAACGAUCUGUAACAGAAAAUAUUUCGUCAUCGACGCCAACUACGACUGGCAAUGUAUAUCAUAAGAAAAUUCGUAAAUAG